GUUGCAAUGGCGUUAUCACAAGCUUAUCGGGAAAUGCGGGGGCUGCAAGGCCAGAUCAAGCCCUUGAUUGGGACAGGGCGGCUGGCUAGCUCCCUCUUCCACCACGCGCGAUUUUGGACACCGCCAGACCACAUCGACUUGACCGAAUACUGUCCAGAAUUGCCCGUGUAGUAUCAGCUAGUUAGUUCCGUGCCAGUCCGAAGACAUCCAGGAAACGUCUAUGAUGGAUCCCAAUUUGGACAGCAACCUGGAUCCCAGCUUGACUGGCCAUAUUGAUCCCACCAUCAACGAUCAUGGCCUGCAGGAUCUCCAGGUCCCAGUCCCAGUCCCAGUCCC